CGGCAACAAAGACAAAGAAGAGAUCUUCUAGCAAGCUAGUGCAACAUAAUUGAAGUUCCUGAUCUCCCUCAGGAGGUAGCCAAUUAAAGAGAGAGAGCAAGAUGUCAAAGGAAGUUGCGUCCAGUGUUGGACUAGAAUGGAGGAUAAAUGUGUCUGAUGGGACAUCACAGGUGUUAAAGCCGACCGAAUGCAGGCCGGCGUUGAGCAAGAUAUGGUUAUGGUUGAAAGGUCUCCUGGGAGGACUGAUUGUGGUAGUCCGGAGGUUUUUGGAGACAGCAUGGAGUAUUGCAGUGGCGGAGCCUAGAAAGGUUGUCCAUGGUCUGAAACUUGGACUGGCCAUUUCCCUGGUUUCACUGCUUUACUACAUCGGGCCUUUGUUCAAAGGCUUCGGAGGCAAUGCUAGCUUGUGGGCAGUCAUGACCGUUGUGGUCAUUUAUGAGUCCAACGUAGGAGCCACGUUAUGUAAAUGCAUUAAUAGAACCGCCGCAACUUUUCUUGCUGGCGGGCUCGGCCUCGGGAUUCACUGGGUCGCAGAUCAUGCAGGGGAAAAGGCUGAGCCUGUAAUUCUUGGAAUCUCAGUUUUUCUCUUUGCAUCGGCUGCAACUUUCUCUCGGUUCAUGCCAAUGGUGAAGGCUCGGUUUGACUAUGGUGCAAUGAUUUUCGUACUUACCUUCAGCUUAAUAUCAGUUUCUGGCUACCGGGAGGAGAUGUUGUUGAAGUUUGCUGGGUCGAGGUUAUCCUCCAUUGCAACAGGAGUUUCUAUCUGCAUCCUCAUAAUCGUGCUUAUCUGUCCCAUAUGGGCAGGAAGUGAACUCCACCGUCUGAUUCACCAGAACAUGGAAAAACUUGCCGAUUCCUUGGAUGCAUGUGUAGCUGAGUACUUCAAAGAGGAUGGAAAGACAACGGAUUCCAAGGAGGAUCAGGAUUACAACAAGAAAAUGCAAGGUUAUAAAUGUGUGCUGAAUUCUAAGGCAGCAGAAGAAUCCCUGGCCAAUUCUGCAAGAUGGGAACCUUCACAUGGCAUGUUCAAUUUUGGGCAUCCAUGGAAACAGUACCUCAAGAUCGGUGCUUCAAUGCGAAACUGUGCUUGCUGCAUUGAGACUCUAACCAGUUGUUUAAGCUCUGAAAUUCAGGCACCUACAUGCAUAAGAAACCACGUCCGUGAUGUGUCCAUCAGAUUAUGCUCUCAUAGCACCAGUGUGUUAAAGGAAUUGGCAACAACAAUCAAAACAAUGACAAAGUCAUCAACAAUAGAUAUCUUAGUUGCGGAGAUGAAUUUUGCAGUACAAGAACUGCAAAAUGCCUUAAAUUCCCUUCCCAGCCAGUUUAUUCCACCUGAAUUAAUGACUGUGGAAGGGUCUGCUGAUGCUAAAGGAGAGUGUGCCACAGAGUCUGGCAUGCCACCACUCCUGGAGGUUCUUCCGCUGGUAACAGCAGUGUCUUUACUGAUAGAAAUUGCAGUAAGAAUAGGAGGUGUUGUGGAUGCUGUGGAAGACCUGGCAAGCCUUGCAGAAUUCAAGCCUGCAAGGGAUCAUAAAAGGCCCCAACAAGACAAAACUAAGCCAUAGACAAACCCUUUUCAGAUACCAUUUGAAUAUGCGGUAUAUAAUCUCAUGUGUGCCCCCAUAUAUAUAGUUUUUGAACAGGUACAGUGGUUUUCUAGGUUGGGGGGAGUUGGUUUACGGGCGGCUGUUGGGUUCGGUUUGAACCCACACAGCUUUGAUGUUCACAAAAUGCAGCAGGUGACAACCUGCUAAAUGUUAGGACCAUAUCCCCGUAUACUGUAUAUUGUAUAAAGCUUUCAGAAAGUA